AUGAAGGAACCUAGGCAGACUAUAGGUAUUUCAUCUCCGAAUGGGUCUGAGAGCGACCUCUCUACUGCGUCUAAUGGACGGACUACCCCAGAUUUGGUCAACCAGAGAGGAUCAGAGGACGACAUAGAUGCCCUGGCCGUGGACCCGGACCAUAGCGUACAUUCGUCACCCAUGAAGGACUCGAGUCCUGCGAGAUCUGCAGAGCCACUCUCGUCAUUCUCUCGAGCGACCGGCGCGUGGAGAAUUGUUGACCCUUUCUUUCGCUCACAGUGCAACCAUCUCAAACAUGCGAGGCUACUCCGCGUGCAGAACGAACUCAAUGCUCCCGUUCUUGACUCGGAGACAAAGUCGGAAACCGCAUUCCCUCGAUUGGUCCAAUCUACCUCAGAUCUCUCUUCGAGACUACGUCUCACCAUUUCCAACGCAGGAUCGUCCCCAGCUCGCAAGCGACAGACACGCCACUGGAUGGGCGAAUGGGCCGCUUCCAUUGUGAAUACCGAACCCAAACAUUGGGCUGGUCGGUUCCCCGAGUCUGUCGAGGGUGAUGGUGAACUACCUAUCCCGGAUACGGACAUUUACGGGAGCGAUCACGCAGCUGAUACCACGCUCGUUGCAUCGCGGCCUUCGUCACGAUCUGGUUCUACUAUGAUGGCGAAUGGAGAUAUGAUGCUAGUUGAAAGUUUUGGAGGCAACGAGCAAGGCGAAGGAUUGGCGGGCAUGAUGGAUCUUGACAUGGCCUCAAACAUGAGCUCUCCGGUGUCGACACCGCUGACGACCAAUUGGAGGGAACCAGCGCCAUUCUUCCAAUCCAAGAAGCGUAAAUUGACUGCGGAUCAAGACAAGAUUGAAUAUCAACCUCAAGCGAAGAAGCGCAAAGGUCUCUCGCCAUAUGGUGCUCCGAUGACCCUCCAAGCAGGCACGUCAAGCCCACUCUCCAACUCUGGGUCCGGAUCUUUUGUGUUUCCACCCCCAAAGUCUCCUCUUCACUUGAACGGUGCCUCUCUCCAAUUGUCGAUGACCGCCAUGCCAAACGCAUCGCUUGGUAGCUUUGGAUUUCCUAACAACAAUAACAACGGGCCCCUUCUUCGUCCGACGAGCAGCCACUCGAAUAUGCCAGCGCCACCGAGCGGAAUGCUUCUAGGACCAACACUUCUUUCAAACAGUACGACCGCAACGCCGUCAGAGAAUGGAGAUGGGUUCAACUUUACGUUUUCGUCUUCAAAUGGCAGGAACAUGGCAGGUGCGGCGAUCAAUCAGGGUACUGGAGAUAACUUUGGGCAUGGAGGUGCUCCUCAGAUGACACAGGGUGGUGUACAGCAAGGCUUUCCUUCGUACACACCUGGUGCGCAGCUUGGACAAUACGGCGCACCCGUCACGUCAAGCCCAAGUGCGCGUCCAAUGAUGAAAUUGCCUACCCGCGCAUUAGGGGCAAAUGGAGUUGGUUUUGGUUUUGGUGCGAUCUCUCAUCCGCCAUCUCUUCCUGCGGGGACUCAGCAGCCACAGCAUGAUGGCGGUGUGGUUGGUCUAUCGCUGAACCCGUCGAUAAUGUAUAGGCUCUAG